UUAAGCUAAUUCAUUUGUAUAUGUGCUACCAGUCACUUUUGGCUAACGAUCGGUUUCAACACAUUCUUCGUAUAAUGAAUACUAAUGUCGAUGGCAAGUUGAAAGUUCCCUACGCUUUGACUGCCAUAAAAGGUGUAGGCCGCAGAUAUGCCAUACUUAUGUGUAAAAAAGCUGACGUUGAUCUUAGUAAACGCGCUGGGGAACUUUCAGAGGAUGAGAUAAAUAGGAUAGUCGCCAUAAUGCAAAAUCCUCUUCAGUAUAAAAUCCCGACAUGGUUCCUUAACAGACAAAAAGACAUACGAACGGGAAAGUAUUCGCAAAAGCUUGGCAACGAAGUUGACACUGUUCUUAGAGAAGAUUUAGAGCGCAUGAGAAAAAUCCGAAGCCAUAGAGGAAUUCGGCAUGCGUGGGGCUUACGCGUGAGAGGACAGCAUACCAAGACGACAGGGCGUGGUGCACGCGUACAAACUUUAAAAAAGAAAUAAGUUUUUACAGGAUUUGUUUAAACAGUGACUGGAAAAAGUAUUUUGUAAUUUUUUGGUUGAAAGUAUCUCGAAAUAAAC